GGCGAGCGCCAGGCUCAGCGCCGUUCCAGCUCCGGCACCGCGCUCCUGCCCACCGCGCGGCCCGCGGCGGGCGGAGUCCGCGAGAGUUUGCCCCGGAGCUCGGGGAAGUUUCCCGCCGAAGCUCCGCUCCCGUGAAAGCAGUCCCUGCCGGCACCCUCAGCUCCCCUAGCCGCUCGCCAGGUUGCUUCACGGAAAGAGCACUUAAGAGGAAAAGAAAGGAUCGAAACUCUGUGGAAAACCAAACUAUGUGGUCUUCAGAAAUGAGAGAUGCAGCCAUCUGAAAUGGUCAUGAACCCCAAACAAGUCUUCCUCUCAGUGCUGAUAUUUGGAGUAGCAGGGCUACUCCUCUUCAUGUAUUUGCAAGUCUGGAUUGAAGAACAACACACAGGGAGAGUGGAGCAGAAAAGAGAACAAAGAGCAGCUUCAGGUAAGAUGCUGUGGGAUCCCAAACCCCACGUUCCUCCCAUUCCACGUGCCCUGUCUCUAGAAAAACUCCAGGACCAUAUCACCAACCAGAACCCCAAGUCCCACAUGUCCGAGGAUCCCAAGAAUAAAGAGGAAAAUCUACUCAACUCUGAGAGGCCUAUCAGGGUCUUCACAGAGAACAACCACUCCCAAGGAGAGGCUCAAGUUUUGAGUAGGAUCACAGGGUCACCAACAAUUCAGUUGAUUGAAAAACAUCAAGGGACUAAGACCCUUUUCAGGAAGUUCAGCGAAAUGAAUUGGCCGGUGGACAUUCGCCCUUUAAACAAAAGCUUAGUCACAGAUAGCAAAUGGAGGAGAAUUGAUGCAACUCAAGAAAAACGCAGGUCUUUCCUUCAGGAAUUCUGCAAGAAAUAUGGUGGGGUGAGUCGUCCUCAAUCCCAUCUUUUUCACAUGGUCUCCAGGAUCUAUGUAGAAGAUAAACACAAAAUUUUAUACUGCGAAGUACCAAAGGCUGGCUGUUCCAACUGGAAGAGAAUUCUGAUGGUACUCAACGGAUUGGCCCCCUCCACGUACAACAUCUCCCAUGAUGCUGUUCACUACGGGAAGCAUUUGAAAAAGCUCGACAGCUUUGACUUAAAAGGGAUUUAUGCUCGUUUAAAUACCUACACCAAAGCUGUGUUUGUUCGUGAUCCCAUGGAAAGGUUAGUGUCUGCAUUUAGGGACAAAUUUGAACACCCCAAUAGUUAUUACCAUCCAGUAUUUGGAAAGGCAAUUAUAAAGAAAUAUCGGCCGAAUGCCUGUGAAGAAGAAUUAAAUAAUGGAUCUGGCGUCAAAUUCAAAGAGUUCAUCCACUAUUUGCUGGAUUCCCACCGUCCAGUAGGAAUGGACAUUCACUGGGAAAAGAUUAGCAAACUCUGCUACCCAUGUUUGAUCCACUAUGAUUUUGUAGGAAAAUUUGAAACUUUGGAAGAAGAUGCCAAUUACUUUUUACAGCUGAUUGGGGCUCCAAAAAGGCUGAAAUUUCCCAACUUUAAGGAUAGGCACUCUUCUGAUAAAAGAACCAAUGCUCAGGUGGUGAGACAGUAUUUAAAGGAUCUGACUAGAACUGAGAGACAAUUAAUCUAUGACUUUUAUUACUUGGAUUAUUUGAUGUUUAAUUAUACAACUCCAUUUUUGUAG